UGUAGAAACGUGCCUCAGAAAUGGCGACCUACUUUGUGUGUCUCUUAGUCCUCGUUGCUUGGGUGGUGGAUCUAUCUUCUGCAGGCUAUUAUUGGAAGAAAGGUGGUAAAAAAGGUAGUCACUGGAAAACCUAUGAUGAUUAUAGCAUCAAGGGAGGACACAAAGGCAGCUAUUGGCAUUUAUACGACAGCAAGUUUGAUUAUAAUCCUUUCGAAUACAAAUCUGGCAAAGGAAUAGGGUAUGCUGGCAAAGACGAUUACGGCAAAUCUGGUAAAUAUGAACCUUACUACUUUGAUGGUAAGGACGACUCUUACGCUGGUUCGUCUAAAGGAAAUGGUGGGGACAAGUACGGGAACGGAGAUGAUGGAUACAAUGGCAAAGGCGGAAACGGUGGACUAGUUGGUUACAAUGGCGGUAACGGGAAAGGCAGUAAUGGUGGCAAGUACGAUAAGAAUGGUGGAAACGGGAAUGGCAUGAAUGGAAAUGGUUACAACGAUAACGGUGGAAGCGGAUACGAUUAUGACAAUUACUUUGGCGAUUCCAAUGGUAAUGGAAAAGAUAAUGGAUAUGGUGAUUAUAACGGCAACGGGAAAUCAAAUGGCAACGGUAACGGCUAUACUGAUGACAAUGGUUACAACGGGGGUAGCAAAAACGGUGGUUAUGAUGAUUAUAGUGGAUCAAAUGGUUAUAAUGGAGGAAAUGGAAAUGGAGGAUCAAAUGGAAAUGGCUACAACGGAGGGAGCGGAAACGGUGGAUAUGAUGAUUAUGGUGGAUCAAACGGUAAUGGUUAUAAUGGAGGAAAUGGAAAUGGAGGAUCAAAUGGAAAUGGUUACAACGGAGGGAGCGGAAACGGUGGAUAUGAUGAUUAUGGAAAAUCAAAUGGCAAUGGUUACAAUGGAGGAAAUGGAAAUGGAAAAUAUAACGGCAAAGAUGAAUAUAAUGGUAACGGUUACAAUGGAGGUAACGGAAACGGUAGAUAUGAUGACUAUGGUGGAUCAAACGGUAAUGGUUAUAAUGGAGGCAAUGGAAAUGGAGGUUAUAACGGCAAUGGAGGAUCACAUGGCAACGGUUACAAUGGAGGAAACGGUGGAUAUGAUGACAAUGGUGGAACAAACGGUAAUGGCUAUAAUGGCAAUGGUGGAUCAAAUGGCAAUGGCUAUAAUGGAGGAAAUGGAAAUGGAGAAUAUAACGGCAACAAUAAAUAUAAUGGUAAUGGUUAUAAUGGAGGCAAUGGAAACGGUGGAUAUGAUGAUUAUGGUGGAUCAAAUGGUAAUGGUUAUAAUGGAGGAAAUGGAAAUGGAGGGUAUAACGGCAAAGAUGAAUAUAAUGGUAAUGGUUAUAAUGGAGGUAAUGGAAACGGUGGAUAUGAUGACUAUGGUGGAUCAAACGGUUAUAAUGGAGGAAAUGGAAAUGGAGGAAAAAAAGGCAAUGGAGGAUCAAAUGGAAAUGGUUAUAAUGGAGGUAACGGAAACGGUGGAUACGAUGACUAUGGUAAAUCAAAUGGCAAUGGUUAUAAUGGCAAUGGUGGAUCAAAUGGAAAAGACGAUUAUAAUGGAGAUGAUGGACCCAAUGGCUAUAACGGAAAUAAUGGAUCAAAAGGUAAAGGAGGAUAUGACUACAAGAAUGGUGGAGACAAAUACAACGGUAAAGACAAAUAUGACGACAUGGACAAUGGGGGAUAUGAUGAUAAAGGCUACAUCGGAAAGAUUUACAAAGGCUACAAAGAAAAAACUUCUUGGAAACCUAGUAAAAGCUAUUACGGAAAUGGCAUUAGCACAGACUAUGGCGUUGAUUCCUUGUAUGGAGGAGACGACGACUACACAUCUCCUUUGUACGGUGGACGAGGGGAUUAUAGCACGGGGUCGUGGUAUCGCAAACGUCACAGUAAAUGGUAUAAGAAAGGCGGUUCCUACUACACCUCUUAUAAACCGUAUUACCCAUACAAACCAUACAGGAGUGUAUACUAUACUUCAUCCUACAAACCGUGGUACCUAAAGAGCGGCGGUUAUUAUGGAAAGAAACCCUGGUACCAUCUGAAACGAUCGUAUGGUAAAUACCCGUACAAACCUUUUUACUCUGGGGGAUACCCAAGUUAUCGACUGACAGGGGACGAUGACGAUGGAUUGGUUUCCCUUGGGCAUGAUUACAGUUCAGGGUACAGAAGUUUGGGCUAUGGGGGAUACCUCGGCAAGACAAACUACCCUUAUAAAAAGUUGACAUCGCAUAACCUUUACAAAAAGAAAUUCAAGUACAGUUACUAA